ACCGACAUCUGCGGUCUCUCCUUGUCCUCGAUGUGAGCAGACGGUGCGGAUCAGCACCAAGGGCGCAGUUUCCCGGAUGAGCGGCGGGUCUUUGCUCCGGUUGUUCCGGUCCGAGUACUUCGAUGCCCAUCUCCAUAUGCACUACCUACUGCGCAUGGAGCAGAGUGGCGUCCAGGACUACUUGGUCAAUGAGCUGUACAAGAUGACAGAUGAUGACGUGGACUACUACCUGCCGCAGUUGAGCCAGGUGGCCUUGCUUAGGUACAACAAGUCCUCGCUGCACCGCUUUUUGCUGGACAAGGCUGCCCAGUCACUGCCCUUUGCUCUGAAGAUCCACUGGUUGGUGCGGAGCAUCGUGGAGGACCGGACGCCCGAGCUCUACGAAAAUGCCAUGGCGAUGCUAAACCUGUGUGAGGCAGCCAUGGUGAACUCGGGCAGUUCUCGCGCCAAGCACGAGGAGGUGGCACCUGGCCCGCCGCACGUGCAGCGUAUCUUGAGGUCGAGCUCGGAUCCAGACCUGCAGUCCAACCGGAAGCCCUCGGUGGACGACUUGGAGGAGCGAGACGUCCUGACGCCCAAGCAGCGCUCCCGGUACCGCCGCAGCAGGACUCCCGGGCCCAUGCGCUCGCGCGAGGCAGAUGGCGCGCCAGAGGUCCCACCCACGCCAACGGACAGCGAGACGGACCACGGGCUGCGCUUCCACCCGCCUCCGCGGCAGAUCAGCGGGGAGAGCUCCGUGGAUGAGAACCUGGAAGCCACGCCCGGAGCGUCCGGCCUCCUCUCCGAGGCCGAGGCCUUACGUGCCGCGGCGGUGAGGCACCUGGCAGCCUUGGAGCAAGCCUUUACCCCAGAAGAGCGGGCUCAGGCCUUGGGCAGCAGCUGCCCCAAUGCCUUCAUCUGCUUGGGCCUUCCGGUCGCCGGCCAUGGGAAUGAGGAGGAGGUCCUUGAAGAUGAACGCGCCCGUGAGUGCAUGAUGAAGAAGAGGAGAUGCGACUACUUCAACACGCAGAACCAGCUCGUGUCCAUGAUCAUGUCCCUCUCUGGGGUGCUGAUCUCCUUUGCUGACAAGGCGGACCGCAAGACCGCCCUGGCGGCGACGCUCACCGUGCUGAACCGCUGGCUGUUGGACCGGCGGAUUAGCAUGGCCGCCUGCGGGGAAGGGCCAUUCUUCCUCCUUGGAGCGCACAUUCCGCCCGGACGCGGCCAACGGGGGUUGUGGAGGGAUUUGGACAGCCUUCACCAGAUCCUACAUGUUCACGUGGACCUCUGUCGGAUCUUCAGCUCGGCCACGCGAGCGCCCUUCGUCCUGGCCUACGAGUCCGCCAACCUGGACGAGGUCGAGAGCGACGAGGCCGCAGGUCAUGUCUCGCAUCAAACGCUGCUGCACCAGCCUGCGCUGGCUGAAGCACAGCAGUCCAUGGCAGACAGGUUAUCCAGAUGUGUCUUGCAAGAGCUGCGUCUGGGCUGCGAAGGCAGUGCAGGCAUGGAUGAAGGUGAACCGACCGCCGCCCGCCUGCAUCAGCUUCUGAAGCAGGUGACGCCGGACCAGUGGAAGAGCUUGGAUGGUACAGUCGAGAAGUCUGCGAGCAAAGAUGAGCCAGACUUGCAGGAGCUUGACGGGAAGACGAUGAGGGCCGAAGCCCGGAAAAGGAAGGAGGAAGCUGCGCGCACCAGGCAUCGGAUAUGGGGCGAGUUGUGGCGGGAGAAGGUGGAACGUGUGCGUGCUGCGUCUCCCUACAGCCGCUACAGUAGCUGGAGAUUGAGUGCGGUGAUGGUGAAGGGCGGGGACGAUUUGCGACAGGAGCUCCUGGCCUCACAGAUCAUCGAGCAGUUCAGCGCCAUCUUCCAGGAAGCAGGCUUGCCUUUGUGGCUGAAAGCAACGAAGGUGCUGGUGACGAGCUCCACGAACGGCUUCUUGGAGUUCAUCCCGGACUCCAUCUCGGUGGACGCCAUGAAGAAGCUCUUCCCUGGGAAGACCUUGGCGGAGAUUUUCAAGGUCGCCUUCGCCGAUCGCAUGUUUGAAGCCAAGAAAAACUUCAUCGAGAGCUCAGCGGCCUAUUCUCUGGUGGUGUAUUUCCUGCAGGUGAAGGAUCGCCACAACGGGAAUUUGAUGUUGCUGACCUCUGGGCAUGUGGUGCACAUCGACUUUGGGUUCAUGCUCUCGAACUCCCCCGGCGGCAACAUGGCCUUCGAGAACUCUCCCUUCAAGUUGACUCAGGAGAUCCUGGAUGUCAUGGACGGCGAGUGCUCCGAGCAGUAUGAGUACUUCCGCACCUUGUUGAUCCGUGGCUUUCUCGAGGCCCGGAAGCACAUGGAGCGGAUUGUCCUCCAGGUGCGGAUGAUGCUGGUGGGUUCGAAGAUGCCAUGUUUCCGCGAAGGCGCCGACUUUGUGCUCUCCACCUUGCAAGACAGGUUCUUCUGCAACUUGACGGAGGAAGCCUGCAUUGAGAAGGUGGUGGAGCUGAUCGAUACCUCGGUGAACAACUGGCGCACCAUCCAGUACGACAACUACCAGCGUCUCGUGAAUGGCAUCCUCUGACCCACCUGACCGUGGGAGCCGCCUCAGAGUUGGGAAAAAGAUGGA